UGAUUCAAUGAAUUGUAGCGCUUACUCGGUGGGAACCUUUGUUACAGGGAGAUGGGGUCUGGUAGGAAGAUGUUGGAGAGCGGGAUUCUGGGAAGAGCUGAGUUCGUGGUACCGGAUGUGUGAUUUUCAAUAAAGUGUGUUCAUUUAGAAGUAAUACACAGUGUGAGUCUGAUCGUUUGUGGAAACCCCCCAAUCUAUAACACUGCUUGUACGAGAGCAGCCUGUUUCCUGUUUGUGUGUGAAUACAUCAUGUAGUCAAAUGUUUGCGCAUUUUCUGAAACCUACCGAGCAGAACCCCAUUUGAUACUGUGGACAGUAAAGAUGGAAUCAGUCCCGAUUAAAGAGGAGCUCCCUAAACUUGAACUGGUCCCCAUUAGACUGGAGUUCUCUGGACUGUCUUCCCUCCCCAUUAAACAGAAGCUCUGUGAGAUGCCAUCUGACAGCAUCAAGUUGGAGGUGUCUGGGAUUAAAGCUGAGCGCAAUGAAUUGGAGAUCUCCCAGACAGAAGAACCCCUUCCUGUGAAUGAAGAGGUGCUGGAAAUGUUACCAAGCAGAACCACGUUUGAUGCCUUGGACAAUGUGAAGAUGGAAUCUGUCCCGAUUAAAGAGGAGCUCCCUAAACUUGAACUGGUCCCCAUUAGACUGGAGUUCACUGGACUGGCUUCCCUCCCCAUUAAACAGGAGCUCUGUGAGACGCCCUGUGACAGCAUCAAGCCAGUGGUGUCUGGAAUUAAAGCUGAGCGCAACGAACUGGAGAUCUCCCAGACAGAAGAACCAGUUCCUAUGAAAGAAGAGGUGCUGGAAAUGGUGCGUAUUAAACUGGAGCCCCUGAAAGAGGAGGUACUCUUGAAACCAGGGAAGGAAGAAUCCGAAGACUUGAAAGCAGCCCCCACUGAGCUGGGUCCGGUGCACCUGCGGGAGUGUAGCGUGGUGCUGGAGAGAAUCUAUGUGAGAAAGCAAGGCUCUGGAGAGGAAGGCUCUCCCAACAGCACGCAAGGAGGUGGACAGGAAGACAGGAGCUCACAUUCAGAGUGCAGUCCAGCAGGUUCCAGUCCAGCAGUUCAAGCAAGGACCCAGUUAAGGAAUUUAAAAAUACUGAGAGGAGAGAAAUUAAAAAAUACCAGAGGAGAGAAACCGUAUCACUGCUCUGACUGUGGAAAGAGUUUUAGUCUCUCAGGAAACCUUGUGAUACACCAGCGAAUUCACACAGGAGAGAAACCCUAUCGCUGCUCUGACUGUGGAAAGAGGUUCAAGUCAUCAGGACACCGUACAGCACACCAGCGAAUUCACACAGGAGAGAAACCGCAUUGCUGCUCUGACUGUGGAAAGAGUUUCAGGAGCUCAGGAGACCUUGUGAUACACCAGCGAAUUCACACAGGAGAGAAACCUUAUCGCUGCUCUGACUGUGGAAAGAGGUUCAAGUCAUCAGGACACCGUACAGUACACCAGCGAAUUCACACAGGAGAGAGACCGCAUUGCUGCUCUGACUGUGGAAAUAGUUUCAGGAACUCAGGAGACCUUUCAAAACACCAGCGAAUUCACACAGGAGAGAAACCUUAUCGCUGUUCUCACUGUGGGAAGAGUUUCAGUCGGUCAGGAAAUUUUGAAUUGCAUAAGCGAACUCACAAAGGAGAGAAACCAUAUCACUGUUCUGACUGUGGGAAGAGUUUCAGUCGGUCAGAACACCUAUUAAUACAUCAGCGAAUACACACUGGAGAGAGACCGUAUCACUGCACUGACUGUGGGAAGAGUUUCAGUCGAUCAGGACAACUUGUAACACACCAGCGAAUUCACACAGGAGAGAAACCAUAUUACUGCUCUGACUGUGGGAAGAGUUUCAGGGAUUCAGCAGACCUUGUAAAACACCAGAGAAUUCACACAGGAGUAAAGCCAUAUCACUGCUCCGACUGUGGUAAAAGUUUCAGUCAGUCAGGACAACUUGGAAAACAUCAGCGAAUUCACACAGGAGAAAAACCGUUUCAUUGCUCUGACUGUGGGAAGAGUUUCAGUUCGUUAGCAAACCUUGUUUCACACCAGCGAAUUCACUCAGGAGAGAAACCGUAUCACUGCUCUAACUGUGGGAAAAGUUUCCGUCACUCAGCAUCCUUUGCUGUACACCGGCGCAUUCACACAGGAGAGAAACCGUAUCGCUGCUCUCACUGUGGGAAGAGUUUCAGUCACUCAGCAACCUUUGCUGCACACCAGCGUAUUCACACAGGAGAGAAACCGUACCGCUGCUCUGACUGUGGGAAGACUUUCAGACGGUCGGGACACCUUGUUUCACACCGGCGCGUUCACACAGGAGAGAAACCGUACCACUGCUCUGAUUGUGGGAAGAGUUUCAGUAAGUCAAGAUCGCUUGUUACACACCAGCAAAUUCACACAGGAGAGAAAAAAAAAAAGAAAAUGUAAAUAAUGUUCCUGCAUAAAAAUAACUUUUAUCCAUUUUGCUUCCUGGCAUUUCAGCACAGCAGUGUGCUGCUGAAUAGUGUGGCUGCCCAAGCCGAGGAGACAGUCAGAACAAAUCCUUAAAUGGAAUUUACUAGUGUAACGACCUCGCCCUUAGCACAAAGCCAACCACUAUGGAGUGAUUGCCUCCCUAUAUUAAAUAUAUCCCAUGACAAAAACAAGUUCGACAAACAGCUGUUUGAAGGGGUGAUCUCAAAUGCAAAAAUCCAAGUUAGGAGAAGCAAUUAGGCCAAUCUUGUCAAGCAAAUAGGCACACUUGGAAAGGUGCUGGGGCCCAAGAUUCACAUAAUUCUUGCUUCUAACUUGGCGCCUUUUUUUAUCGCUUUGCUCCUCUUGAAAUGCUGUUUGUAUGACUUGAAGUGACUGAGACACACACUCACAUUGUAAUACGAAAGAGAUCAUUUCUGAUUGGAUCAGAAUCUGAGUGCUCAUGUUCAACACUGUUUUUUUUUUCUUCCAUAAAUAGAGCUAUUAAAAAAUGAUAUGUCCAAACUACAAAAUAAAAUGUGCAAUGCAAAUUUAGGACACAGUGUAAAUGCUCUUAUUGGAAGUCCAGGAAUGCUGAAUUCAGCUCCAUCGAUUGCUAUGAGCUACAGCUGUAUCACAGAGCAGCUCUCCUGGUAAACCCUUUGAAGGAGGAAACAAACUGCUAUUGUUAAUUAUUUUGCAUAGAAUGGCACAAGGCAGCUGUAAUAGAGUAAAUGUAGAUGCGCUUUUAGACUGUGUGUUGCUGCUAGCCCCACCCUGUGCAAAUUCAAAGUGUAAAACCAGAUAACACAACAAGCAGGGCACAAGCUAAGCGAUGAGCUGUAUUUGAUUAGGGAAAUAAAAGCUGUUUACUUUGACUAUCUACGUCAUUCUGGGUUCUUAUAGAAAUCAAAUGUAAGACAACAAAUAUACUAGAAGUGUCAGGGGUGGAAGUUGCAGAUGUUGAGAUAUUAGAGUCAGUGUUUCCCAGCAUGCAUCACUGUGAGCAGCUCCUUCCUCCAGACAAAGACCACACUGUAGUGUUUAGAUGACUGGGUGUGAGGAGCCUUGUGUUAACAAUGGGAGAACUGGGCUGACUGGGGAGCUCACUGCUACGGCCUAUUUCAAUAGUCUUAUUACUGUGUUGUUACAUUAUGGACAGCAGUGGUGCUCUGGCUCCCUCUUGUGGUCACUAUUAAUAUCUGCUCUGUGUCUCUCGGAGGUCAAAUUAAUUGCUCUUUGUCAUUAAAAUCCUGCUUUUAUCAUCAAACUC